AGCCCCCGCUGUGCUGAGGCUUGUACUCAAUGACGGUGCACCCACGCUGCCAAUGUAAGCCCGCGUGCACGUAGUACAGUAGCUCUGGCUCGGGGCAUCUUUAUCUUAUUGUGUGUUGGGUUAUUUAUAGCGAGCCAGGCAUUGAGCCAGAUGUGUAACUUCAGUCCACCGCUCUAUCCUGCAGCAUGGGCACACAUGCUUUGCUGCAUCUGCUCCUCCUGCUCACACAUGUCUCCUACAGAGAACAGCUGUCUCAAAACACACCGAGUCCCUGAUCUCCACGGGGAAUUUGUCAUGCAAGGUCAUUGUCGGAAGCUGCUUUAUCAUAGUCCAAGAUCCGAAAAAGUUUGAGCAGGUUAGGUCACUCUUUAUCCGCAGUACUGUUUCUUUUCCCCUCAUUAAUGUCACUCCUCAUCGUCUCUUCAGUAUUCAUCUUUAUUCCACACUGUCUUUUCUCUUUUAAUCCCCACAGACACAGAAAGAAUAACCGACUCUCGCAAGCAAGAGGGAUGUGUGGAAACAGAGCAAGAGUAGUCUGGGAAUGAGGGAGCAUGAAAUUAUAGUUCGAGAGGGAGUCAGAGGGUCUGGAGUGAAGUUGUAGGACUGGAUUGGAGGGCAGUGAGAAUAAUUAGUCAAGUUCCAAAGAGUCCUCAUGUACAGAUAUGUCGAGAUCGUACGUGAGGAGACGCGAGAGGAGAGAAGCGGCAACACUUUGAAAGGGGGAGAGAAAACUUUGUUUCUUGUGUGGUACAUUGGGCAAACUGAGAGGGGAAGUUGUGACAUUAACAGACAGGAAGUGACUGUUAUUACCAUUUUGUCCUCAAAACAGCAAGUGUUCAGAGUGAAAAAAAAAUCUAUUAAUGAGUUAUGUUUGGUAGUUGAUAAGGAUGGGAACGAUGUAGUUGUAUGCCUCUGCAUCAAGGUGACAUUGUCUCCUAUAGUCUAACUGUAACUGAUGCUUCACUGUAGAUAUUUAAAUUCUCAGCCACUGAGCGUUUCUAAUGUUCCUUUGCAGACAACUUAAGUCUCAAGAUGGAAACUUACUUCAGUGUGAUGAGUCUUGGUUGCAGGCAAUCAAUCACAGACUGAGGCAAUAAGUUAAAAACCAAGCAGCAUGAUUGAAUUCUCACAUAGAGUCACUGAAAUUAAUGUUGUGGUAAGACGUAGACUGUGCGUCGGGUCCAUUAGGGAGGGAGUCGGUGAGAAACAUCUUGCCUUAAGCGGGGAGUUGUAAACGUGACUGUCGGUGCUGUUGUUGGACUGGGAUUCACCUCGGCCAUCUGGAGACUUGGGCUCUAAUCUGCCUCUCUAAUUGUCAGUAAUCUGAACAGUCAUGCGUGUCCUUGGUUGGUGCUGCAGUCCCAGGUAUGGAUGGAUCGAACCUGGCUGAAACUGGGCAAAUGAAGGAGAAGCAGGUGGCUGCGGUGGAUUGGGUUGGGGGCUCUGCAGCAGGGGUGCCAGGACGGGCUUGAUGGUGCUUAGGCAGGCUGGUUAGGGAUUGUCGAGCGGGCAGCAAUGUAAGGUGUCUAAAGUAAGGGAAGAUAAAACAAAGGGAAGCCUGUGAAGCAGGUGAAUUAGCAUGAUAUGGAGUGGAAGUAGAUCUGAGCAAGUCUGCAAACUUGAAAAAGCAAUAUAAUACUCCUCAUUAAAUACAAUGUUCUGAAAACAAUCGUUUUGUGGGUGUAAUAUUGGUGACUGGUUUCACUGUAUUACUAAAAACACCUCCACUUUUCUUUGGUUAAACCAUUUACUGCCCCUUUCUGUCCCUCUAACAUGAUAUAGAUUGACAGAUUUGUAAUUGCUCAGAGACUUGUGAGCAUACUCCAGUGAUUCUGAUGCUGUACUAAUUUCCCAGCAUGCAAUGUUGGCCAGAAAGUCACCAUGUCUGAAUACAUCUCCAUGUAUAUUUGCUGUGACAUCUAUCGGAGAGGAAACACGGCGAGAAGGAAAGUGAAUGAGCAGGCGGUAUAAAGCCAUUAGACACAAUAUCAUGCCACAAAGCAGAUGAUGAAUAUCUCAGCUGAAUACUUGGUAAUUAGAUAUAAAACAUGCUGUAACUGCCAAAUCUAUGCAGCGUGAACGCCCAUCAGAACAGCUGGCUAAAGCCAUAUACGCACAACUGUGGCGGAAACACAUUUGUGCAUUCGCGUCGCUGUGGCUGCUGCUCAUCACUGUGGAGAUGAUGCCGUCCUCUUGUUUGCCAGUUCCCCAUCCUCCGGUCCCAACAUCUGUCAGCCAACACAGUGGAUUUUAAUCAUAUGCACUGGCUGAUUGACCCAUCACGUUUUACUCCACAUUCAUUCAUUUCUCAAAGUCUCAAUUAGAAUAGAUAACACAGUACUCGUGGAAGCACAUGAACAAAAACCUAACUUGUUUGUAUGUAUAAAGACCAAAGCUGCGCAAUCUUCGUGCCUAUUUAUUUUUUAUUUUUUUUUAUUUAUCGUUUGCUUGAGAUUCAUUAAAAAUCAGUGGCAAAAGGAUUUCCACAUGAAAGCCUCCCCUGAAAUAUUCAUAUUGAGUUGGUAGGAUAAACCAAACCCUGUCUGUUUUGAUACUUCGCGGUGGUUUUAUGGAGUCUGUGUGUGUGUGUAAAGCCACUGAGAGCAAAUAUGAUAGGUGAAAGUAACAUCACCAGACACGCAGAAGACAUUUUGUGACAGAGAGGUGAUAAACCCUGGCAACAGUGACACAUUAGAGUUGCUAAUGGCAGUAAUGAUGGCAACAGAAAGGAUGAAUGUGUAACACAGAACAGAUGGGAGAUAGAAACACACUGAGAGAGAGAGAGGGAUUGAGGGAGGGAGGAGAAAAAGAAGACGUGUGAGAAAGUGUUUUAGCUUUUGCAUAUAUCCCUGGAGAAGUGGCCCAGGGAAAAGGGUUGAGUGCUCUCUUCUGCGGUUCUCCUCCACAAGGCUUAGUGGUGGAGGAGAACACGGAGCCCAUCCCCCAGUGGAUUAUUCCUCUGACAGUGCUAAGCCCCCGUAUACUCCCAUGUCCAUGAGGCCUUCAUACAAAUGUACUCUAUGCAGUGAACACACAAACACACGUUGUGGAGAAUCAUCUUAAUUCUCUGUCCUCCUUUCAAGUGUCAUAAAUGAUCUGGACAGAAUGUCACAAGAUGAUACUUGGACCCUGUCACACACACACAUGCAUGCAUGCACGCUGGCUCUAUUUGACACAAUCUGCUUUUCCUGUUAUAUAAGACAUGUUACCGCGAUAAUGAGUUCUAUUGAGGGAAGGAAGGAGUGGAGGUACACGUUUAUUAGACCACCACCCAAAGCCACACAGAAUUGUUAAUUAUCAAAAUCCUUUUUUAUGUUUGUGUAAGGGUUUACACGCGCUCUCUAACUAGAAUUAUGUUUUUAAUGCUAAAUUAUAAUUGUUAUCCGUGAAUUGACAAAAAGAAGAAUUAGUACAGCACAGAAUUAAUUCUUGAUUCAGAUGUCAAAAUAUAGUUUUAGUGGUUGAAUGUUAAUUUCUGACUAGUUAUAAACAAGUUUUUGAAAGAUUUCUUUAGUCUAAAUUUUAUGACUUGUGGUCUGAUAAAUUUGCUAAGCUCUGUAUGGCAGUACACAUGUGUGUGUUUUUGGGUUGUGUGUCUGCCAUGUUGUAUCUGUGUAUGAGGAUAUGCAUUUUCAUUUUCACUGUAAGAGAAAGAGAAAGCAUGUGAUUUCAUAUGGUCUGACUGUAACUGUGACUAUGACAUCAUUGUGUUUUUCUCUCCCCAUGGAGCAUGUUCUCCUGGUUCUUCAAAAGUCCCGGGUUUCCACUGUCACGAUACAAUGAUCUUCUCAGAUUUUCCUUUUUUUCCCCCCAAAUACAGUUUGUUAUUUGCAGAACUGGCAGGAGGGAUUGAACAAAUCACAGUUUUUACCUAUAAUGGAUCACACAAGAAGACAGCCUGAUCUUUAAUUAAAGUAGGAUUACAAUACAUAAAAACUAUCACUCAGUGUGGCGUGUCUGUGAUUAAAAUCCCAUGCAGGGAUUUGUGUGAAUUGGAAGUGGGAAUAAGGCAAAUGUGAGGCUGUUUGCCACAACGUAGAUAGUGAAAAAUCAAAGACAGAAUGUCCACAUGUUUCUAAAAGCAGUCUCCUUAUAAAGAGAGGAGGAGGAGCAGCUAAACGUGGCUGAUGAUGGGCUUUCAAAUACCUCAAGGUUAAACAAUGUAUAUGUGCCACUCCAACUAUUCUGAGAAGUCGCACGGCAGCAACCCUCUCUGUCCUCACACGGAGCUGAGAUGAAAAAUCAACACACCGUGAAAAGAUGGUUUGUCAGGCUCCAGUCAGGAGGUUUCACGUUCUCUCUGUCCUCCUCCCAGAAAUAAAACAUGUGAACAAAAGUAGAAGGGAAAAAGUGUGAAACUGUCCUUCAUUCUCCUUAUCUCGUGUUCCGUUUCCUCUGCUGCCAAGCUCCUUUCUCUGCUUAUUUCUCUUCCCAUAAUGCUCUGACAAGAGUCUGUGCCAGCAUGUGUUUACUCUUGUGUUCUUGGAGACAAAAACUGACUGUAAAGCUCAAAGCCAAGGUGUCUGCGUCUGUGCCAGCCUCAUGCUACUGACACACUCUGGUCGUUCAGUAAAUUCCGAGGCAACAAAUUUUGACUCCCCAGCUUUGACUGAAGUGGAAACCUCGUCGUCCGCUGCUGCUCGUGCUGCAGUGGAGUCUGGCAGCGCAGGCCGAACCCAAAGCCUUCCAGAAUCCUGCCACACCACCACGCUGGGUGUAAGAAACCCACUGCCCCUGGAUUCUCCUCUGCUGCCUCCUCCCGCUGCAGACAGCCAUGACCUCCUUCAUCUGUCGCUUCCUGACCUGCCUCCACCUCCGCCAGCAUGCAAACCAUUAUCUAAUUCCAGCCAUCCUCCUCCUCUUCCUCCUUCUCCUCCUCCUCCUCCUCCUCCCCCCCCAAUGCUGCAUCUUGGGGAGAGUCUCCAACGUCCUACCACCCUCACCUUAAAGACACUGCCGCGACCUGCCACGAGGGAGAAUGGUGUCCCACCACUCGGGGUGGAUGAGGACGAAGAGGAGAGGAAGAUGCUGGAGGAGGAUCUGAAAAAAUGCAUCGACGACUUCAAAAGGAUCCGCUUGCCCAGGGAGUUUCCGGAUCGCAAGAGGCACUGGCAAAGUGACUUGCUCAAAAAGUACAAUGCGUAGCGUAUACUUUACAAACAAUCUGAGAGAAGCAGACUUUUUAUCCAUAGUUAGGGAACGCUUAUUGUAGCAGCCUUUGCAUGUCAACAGAACUGAUCAAGUGUAGUGUGUAGUGUUAAGGCUGAGCUAGUAAAUAGCAUCAACUGGCAAAUAUUAAUGACAUCACCCAUAACAAUCUGAACUCCCGUGUUCAAACUUCGAGAUAUCUGUUUUGGAGGUUGAGGUUUUUGCCACUGAAGGUAACCAGGCUCCUCUUGGAUGAUACCAGCUGUCAAUCAUACUGCUGUCCAUUCAUGUGGCCCGUGAUAAAGAAGAGCUGAAACUAGUAAAUGAGAGCAUGUGCUCCUCAGGACAACGUCCACUGACAUUAUAAAUCCAGUGAGAACAAGGAUCAUUUUCCAAUAGACUUUUAGUUGCUCCUUGGUGGUGAUUCAACAUAUUCUUAGGUUUUCCUUAGCCACCAGAGGAAUAUGUCCACUUUUUAUAUAAAUGCUAAAUAUUCAUUAUAUAUUAUA